AUGAAUUUCAAUCCGCGAACGUUUCUGUUCGCCGUGUGUCUGGGCUUGGGCUUAAACUGGAGCUCUGCUGUCUAUAAUUAUAAAGCACCUCCUCGCGGUUAUUUCUAUCCCAGGCCAGAACGACUGCCACCGCUGCCAGUCAAUGGGAGUUCGACUGGGACACCGGGUUCCGGCCUACCGCCCGGAGUGCAAUCGGAUUUCAUUGAUGAUCUGAUUGAGGGCCAUAAGCAGCAAAUCUUAUCGAGUGUCUUGGGCGGGGCCAGUGAGACUCCGUUGGACUCGGCAUCAGCCUCAGCCUCCUUCUCGCCCCUCGAGGGCGGCGGUGCAAAGGCGUUCCGCGUCAAUCGUUGUGCCAGCUGCACCUGCGGCGUGCCUAACGUCAAUCGAAUUGUGGGCGGCACCCAAGUGCGGACCAACAAGUACCCAUGGAUUGCACAGAUCAUACGCGGGACUCUCCUCUUCUGCGGCGGAACUUUGAUCAAUGAUCGCUAUGUCCUGACUGCUGCUCACUGUGUCCAUGGCAUGGACAUGAGGGGCGUGUCCGUGCGUCUCCUUCAGUUGGAUAGGAGCUCUACCCAUUUGGGGGUGACGCGAUCGGUGGCCUUUGCCCAUGCCCAUGCCGGCUACGAUCCUGUCAGUCUUGUCCAUGACAUUGCCCUGCUGCGACUGGAUCAGCCGAUUCCCCUGGUGGAUACGAUAAGGCCGGUCUGUUUGCCCACCCAUUGGUUUCAGAAUUUUGACUUCCAGAAGGCCGUCGUGGCGGGUUGGGGCCUGAGCCAGGAGGGUGGCUCCACCUCGAGUGUCCUGCAGGAGGUGGUCGUGCCCAUCAUCACCAAUGCCCAGUGCCGGGCCACUUCCUACAGGUCAAUGAUUGUGGACACUAUGCUCUGUGCUGGCUAUGUCCAAACCGGAGGUCGCGAUGCUUGUCAGGGUGACAGCGGUGGUCCACUGAUCGUCAGGGAUCGCAUCUUCCGUCUGGCCGGAGUGGUGUCCUUCGGCUAUGGCUGUGCCAAGCCCGAUGCUCCCGGUGUCUACACUCGCGUCUCUCGUUAUUUGGACUGGAUAGCAGUCAAUACCAGAGAUUCGUGCUAUUGUAUUAAUUAG